AGAGAGACAGAGAGAGAGAGAGAGAGAGAGAGAGAGAGAGAGAGAGAGAGAGACAGAGAGAGAGAGAGAGAGAGAGAGAGAGAGAGAGAGAGACAAGAGACAGAGAGAGAGAGAGAG